AUAAAAUAUCAAAUUUUAUUGGAUUAUUACAUCAUAAGAAGGAAUUUUAUUUUAUAUAAAUUUCGAUAAAUAAUAUUUGAAUAUUACCUUACUCCCUAUAAACGUAUUUACAGGUAUCACAAGAAUAUAACCUCGAUUGUAAUUGAAAAAAUUAUUCGAAUACAAUAUAAAAAUGAAAUUCAGUCUUGCUUGUUUUAAAGGACGGCGUCCACAAUCUGAAAAAAAAGUCCCACUUAAAGUUUUUGGUGAUUUAGUAUUAAAUAAUUAUGUAUCUCAUAAAGCAUCUGAUAUACCAAAUAAAGGUUGUUUACAUGAAAUGGCAAUACUUUUAACAUGUCUUAGAGAAAAAGAGUACAAUAAUUUUGAUUGUAAGAAAGAACUCUUAUCGUUCGAACAAUGUAAUCAAAAAUUUGCAAAUAUGAGCAAGAACUUGAAAAUUGCACGGUUAAAAACAGUGCCUACUCCUAAUUCAAAAGAUUUUUCUUCUAAACAAAUUGGUUAUUUAUUAAAUUUAUAUCCCACACGAUAAUUAUAAUUAUAUUUAUGUUUAUUAAGUAUAUCAAAUAAAUAUUUAGAAAUAAAGAUAUGUAUAUCUU